AUGGCUGAUAUUCCUGAGAGAGACUACCUGGCUUCCGCCCUGGCGGCAACAUGCCUACUCACGAUUGCGUAUGCUUUCGUGAAGCUCUUGCAGGUCGGGCGCCGACCAGCUGGUUUGCCUCCGGGCCCUCGAGUGCUUCCCUUGAUCGGAAAUCUGCAUCUCAUGCCCACAUUCAAGCCAUACAAGAAACUCGCCGAGUGGGGCAACCUAUACGGUCCCAUAUACUCGCUCAUGGUUGGGUCGAGCCCUCUCAUCAUGUUGCAGUCACACAAGGUCGCGAAGGAUCUUCUCGAUAAGCGGGGGUCGAACUACUCGUCGCGUCCGGAACUUUACAUCAUGUGUGACGUGGCAGGCCGCGGGCUUCGACAGGUUGCUAUGAAAUAUACUCCGACCUGGCGCCAGAUCCAUCGGGUUAACCACAAGAUCUUGAACGCCAAAGCAACGCAUGAUUACACGCCCUACCAGAAUCUGGAAAGCCGCCAGAUGCUGGUGGAUAUACUGGACAAUCCAGAUGAGCACAAGAGACACAUCCAGCGUUUCUCCAACGCCGUGACCUGCCAGAUGGUCUACGGUUUCCGCACGACAUCGUGGUCCGACCCCGAGCUGCAAAGUGUCGUUUCGCUCUUCGCAGACAACACUGCCCUCGCCGUCUCCAUUCCAGCCCGGCUGAUGGACUGCUACCCGGUCCUCCAGAAGAUACCGCAGCGCUUGCUACCCGUCUACCGAGAAGCCGUCGACAUCGAGCGGCGCUGCGCAUCCAUCUUCCUCUCACGCUGGCACGAGGUCAUCAGGAAGGUCCAGGACGGGAUCGCGAUGCCGUGCUUCGGGGCGUCGCUGGCCGAGGCGCAGAAGGCGGAGGGGUUCUCGGACGACCUGGCCUCGUACAUCGCGGGCGACAUCGUCGAGGCCGGCAGCAGCACGACCUCGGACGAGCUCUCCGGCUUCCUCAUGGCCAUGGUGACGCACCCGGCGGUCCAGCGGCGGGCGCAGGAGGAGCUCGACUCCGUGGUCGGGGGCGGCCGCCUCCCCGCGCUGGCGGACAUGGCGUCGCUCCCUUACGUCCGCGGCUGUGUCAAGGAGACGCUGCGGUGGAUGCCCACCACGGCGCUGCUGGUGCCCCACGCCCCGCUGAGGGACGAUGUCUAUGAGGGCCACGUCAUCCCCGCCGGCGCAGCUGUCGUCCUCAACGUCUGGGCGCUGAACAUGGACCCGGAGACCUGGCCGGACCCGAGGAGGUUCGACCCGCUGCGGUUCAAGGACGAGGCGAGGUCCGAGUAUGAGGUUGCCACAUCGAGCGAUCCUGCGUCUCGGCGGCAUAACUACGUCUUUGGUGCGGGCCGGAGACUCUGCCAGGGGAUCCACAUCGCAGAGCGAAGUUUGUUUCUGGCCAUGGCCUGUUUGUUGUGGGCUUUCGACAUCUCGACGCCCGAUCCGAGCAAGAUCGAUACAGAGCAUCUCAUCGGCGGGCUGGCGGUGGUACCCGCGCCGUUCGAGUGCCACAUCAAGCCCAGGGAUGCUCAGAGGGCGGACGUGGCAAGGCGUGAGUGGCGCCGGAUGCAGAGCGAGUUUCUCGACCCUGUGACGAAGCAGUGGAACCCCAACUCCAACGCCGGGCCGCUAAGCACUUAUGCUGAUGGCUAG